UCAAGUUCAAUACAAAGUAUGAAUGUGCCAGUGAACGACUCUUUACAAUUCAUAGUUGCUUUGGGAUCUUGUGAUUUCUGGUGACUUCUGGGAGUCUUAAUUUUUUUCUUUUUAUUUGCAGAGCAAAUGUUUUAAUUGUUUUACAAAAUAAAAUGCCCUAAAAAGCUUACUAUUUUUCAAACAACUGUAUUUAUAUGUACUAUGGUCCAUAAAGUGCAAAAUAUCUUCUUUUUACUAAUAAUUUUACACCCUGCGCGGGCAACACGUUUUGCAACAUACAUAUCCUUAGCAACACGUACAUCCUUAGUAGCAGCGUAAAAAUAAAAAAUAAAAUAAAAUUCAUGACUGAUAGUGCUAUACAAAUAUAUGCCAAUUUUCAUCAGUCAUGGUAAUGUAAUAGAGGACUUCCGGCGAGUGCCUCAAUAAUGUCUAUGUAACCUGCAGCAGGUGACAGAAUUUAAUGACGUGUCAGCUUUUGUGAUGAAUUUUGUCAGCGAGUCACUGAUUCAGAUCGAUCGUGGCGAUCCUAAAACGAUUCUAUGGAACAAACGAUAAAAUGACACAGGAAAACACCCCUACAAGCACUAGUACAUUCAGUAUGUUUUAAGGUUUUUUUUAACGAAAUACAAGGAAAGAGGAAAUGACGCACAUACUAUAUAGAUUUAAAUACUAAACCACUAUUUUACAGUUCUGGCAUUGCCUAAGGAAGUGGUUAAACGGUUAUUGCCACAGUACAUCGAUGAAUACAUCCAAGAUUAAGAUUAGGAGAAUCAAAGCAUUCUAUAAAAUAUUAUAUAUUUUGCUCUAUCAUUGCCACACAAACACCUACGGAUUCAAAUUUAUUCAAAAAAUUCAAUCUAAUUAUAACCUGCUUUAUCAUUUGCAAGGCAUGUGGGAAUAGCAUUCAUAUCAAAGGAAAACAGGUAACAUAUGAGUUCUAAUUCUGAUGGAGAAGAGUGUCAAAUUUCACCUCUGAAAUGAAGUCUGCAUACCAAACGCAAACCGCGCUUUACAUAUCCACCGACAGCACAAAAUUUAUUGUCGUGCCAAGCAUGUAAAUCAUAUCUACAAGAACUGUUCAUACUUCGAAAGAGAAUCCAUAUAUGUUAUUUAAAUCAUUAGAUUAGAAUCGCUGUAUGCCUAAUGAAUCUUCCUUAAAUAAACCUUUAACACACGCCUAUUAAUACAAUGUGCGACUGGACGUGGAGGUAUUAGUCCGCCACUGGAUUGUGUUAUUUCACCUCUGGUUUUCGUUUUGUCGUCAAGGAUUUUGAAAAUGUUCGGAUAAACUAUUUUUCAAAAUGGAUAAGGACAAGGAGAGAAAACCAUGUGAUCUUAAAAACUGCUCUAGACAGCUAUUCAAAUUUGUUCAAAUUGAAAUGAACGUUUUGCAGGACUGCAAGAUGAAGUCACGUGACCAUCUACAUGGCAACAUUUUUGUGAGAGGAUUUCGGAAACCGAGAGAAAAUCGGAUACGAUGGUACAUUCUUUUUGCAGUUACAUUGUUGCUCAUUUCGAUGGCUGUCAUCGCUAUCACCCUAGCAAUAUAUUUUGGAACUGGAAAUGAUUACCAAGAUCCAAAUGUUGGACACGUUGAAACCAUUCAUCUCGGUCCACAUACCAAACUGACCACAGGGAAGCCUAAUACAAGAGAGCAGUUUAUCACUAAACUGACCCACCCAUCUACCUCACAUACAGCCACAUCUCAAGUUGAUGAAACCUCAUCUUUCGCUGCAACAACUUCCUUCCACACGGAUGAACACAUGCACAAGCUAACGACAAAGUCGAGCAGUAGCGAUCCCACGUCGAAUGGGCAGACGACAGGUUCAGGGUAUACAGCAGGGAAAACUACACCGGACCAUAUUAGCAAAGGGUCCUCACAAGCUACCUCAAGCCGGUCUCAAGUCACUACAGGCCACCAUUCCACCGAGGUUACAAAAUCCACUGACCACUCUGCGGACACGGCUACAGAGUACCCACUCAGACCAGUUCUAUACGUCGAAAGCAACGAUAUUAUCUUACCCUACUCAAAAGCAGAGGUGCAAAUUGACUGUGUCACGAUGUACGCCAGGCAGUGGAAAAAAAUGAUAAUCUAUCGCCAAUUGGAGGAUUCGAUCACACGCUUACUUGAGGUCAACUCGAACAUGGGAUCCCCGAACGUGGAUGUGAACGUGAAUUUUACGUCAGAGAUUAGUUACAAAGAGGAUGCGUUACAAGCGACUAUUCGUUCCAAGGAGGUGGAUUGUUCGUACGUCGGCAACUACACUUGUUUAUUGGUACUACCACAAGAGUCCUAUAAAAACACCACCAGUGUCCAUGCUGUCAACCAUAAAGAAUCAAAGCCAACACUGACCAUCUCUACCAGUGUAGUAGAAGAUUCGACAGUCACCAUCACAUGUUCAAUGGAGCUUAUAGAACCUAAUGUCACCAUCGGUUUUAAAUUUCGUCCCCCUGGUCUGGAUAAGUACUUCAAUCUCAGCCUGACCCCCAACAUCACCAGGACGUGGACUGGGUGCUCUCUUUUGAUUGAGAGCACACUUACAAUGGUAUCAAAGAUGCACGAUAAUGGUUCUGUCUUUAUGUGUGACGUCACGACCCACCGGAAUGACGGCAUCACCACCUAUUCAUCGGAGGCCGAGUUUCAUGUCAUUCCAAAGACCUACUGCGAUGACAAAAAUGCUUACGCAAUUUACCCUCACCCCUAUGAAACCUGUAAUAGUGUCGUGUAUUGUUAUGUUACCGGUCCCCAAGUCUACAAGAUCAACUGCGGUGCCGGAUAUUGUUACGACACAACAAAAACGAACUGUGUAAAAGUGGGUUCAUCUACAGAGUCUACCACUGCCAGUGUAUCUACAACUACACAAGCCGAGGACCACAGCACUGGGUCAUCGUCCAGAUCUGAGGGCACAUAAUUACCCACAUCCUGAAAAUACAACCAAUUAUAACUAUUGACGUCAUUAGGAAUCUUGCAGAGAUGCAUGCUUUGAUGAAUGCAUAGUUCUAGUCCUUCUUCAGUUUCUAGUUCCUGAAAUGCACGAAGAACAAUGAUAUAAAUGUUUAUAUCCCUAGGAAUGUGGCUUUCCAUCUUGAUUAAAGUACUGCUACAGACAUCUACAAACAGAUUUAGUGCAAUGAUCCAACUUGUCAGCUGAAAAUUGCGCGAUUUGCGAUGCGUCUUACAACCCGGAAACGUUUUCAUGUUUUAGUAUAUCAAGGUAAAAACACCUUCUGUGGUUCUGUUUUAUUUGGCCCUGAAGGAUUUCUUCCUGAACAGCAGAUUAAAACAAUAGCAGAGUACAAAAUUGACAAUUGUAUUUUCAUGUAGGAGUCUGCAACAUUAAAAAUAAUAAUAAUAAAAUGACAAAUACAGAACGAUAGGUGAAAAAUGUAAAACAUCAAUGUCAUCGGCCUCUUCAUUGAAGACAGGCCUUUUUAUCUUGAUCAUGCGCUACUGUUAAUUUAUUUUUACUACUGUCAAAAAAGAAAUCCAACUGAUUUGCAGUCCCGUCAUUUUUAUGCGUUAUGAAUAAAUAAUACCACACAUAU